AUGAGCGACGAAGCUCAUUUCCAAUUAAGUGGGUUCGUUAAUAAGCAAAACUGCAGGAUAUGGGCUACGGAAAAUCCGAGAGUAGUUCAACAGCGAGAAUUACAUCCAUCUAAGUGUACGGUUUGGUGCGGUGUUACAUCGGAAAGGAUAAUUGGUCCUUAUUUUUUUGAAAAUGAACACGGGGGCGCCAUUUCCGUCAAUGGUGUCAGAUAUCGGACAAUGUUGGAAUUUUUUUUAAGGCCAGUCGUGGAAAACCAUCCGCAAGUAUGGUUCCAACAAGAUGGAGCCACAGCGCACACUGCAAGGGACACAAUGGCUUUUUUACGGGACAUCUUUGGUGAACGAAUUAUUUCGCGUACAAGUGAUUUUAAUUGGCCUUCGCGUUCACCGGAUUUAACCGCUCCAGACUGUUUUCUUUGGGGUUAUUUGAAAAGAAAAGUCUACAUCAAUAAGCCUAGAACCAUCCAGCAAUUAAAAAGUAAUGUAUGCGACGAAAUAAACAACAUAACACCUGAAGUUUUGCGAAAGGUUAUGGAAAAUGUGUUGGAAAGAGCACGAAUAUGCGAAGCAGAAAAUGGCAACCACUUGCGAGAUAUUAUUUUUCGUAACUAA